GCUUAUCACAACAGCGACAGUGAGACAGUGACGUGACCGGCUCCGCUUUAGCGCGGGAUUCCACUCCUCGCUUUAGCCUUCUCUCCCCAGCACAAUGCCCGAGCUGCCGGAGGUCGAGGCAGCCCGCGGCCUAGUGGAGCUGGGCUGCAAGGGGAAAACAAUCUUGGUGGCCAGGGUCGCAGACGACGAGAAGGUCAUCAACGGCUGCACACCGGAUGAGCUGCGUAAAGCGCUGGAAGGGCGCACGUUGUUACGCGCCCACCGGAAAGGGAAAUACAUGUGGCUCGAGCUGGACAACGGGGGCAAGGGGCCCUGGGUCAUGCUGCACUUCGGCAUGACUGGGGGCAUCGUGGUCAAGGGAGUGGGCGUCACUAAGUACAAGCGUGCCCACCUGGAAUCGGACCCGGAGUCCUGGCCGCCGCGCUUCACCAAGUUAGAGUUGGAGCUGCAGGGCGGCGGCAGGCUGGCCUACGUGGACUCGCGCCGGUUCGGCCGCAUCAAGCUGCUCCCCGGCCCCGACCCGCUGGCCUGCGAGCCGCUGUGCCGGCUGGGCUGGGACGUGCUGCUGCAGCUGCCGCCCACCGCCGCGCAGUUCGGCCAGGUGGUGCGGGAGCGGGUGGUGCGCGCGCCCUCGCUGCGGAUCAAGGCGCUGCUGCUGGACCAGGAGUUCUGCAGUGGCAUCGGCAACUGGGUGGCGGACGAGGUGUUGUACCAGGCGCGCAUCCACCCGGAGCAGACGGCCACGUCCCUGGACGACGGCUCUAUGGCCGCCCUGCACGCCGCCAUCCGCGAGGUGGUGGGCCUGGCGGUGCGGGUGGAGGCGGACUCAGACCGCUUCCCCAGGGACUGGCUCUUCCACUACAGGUGGACGAACAAGAAGGCCAGCCAGGACGCCAGCGGGCGCGCGAUUCACUUCGUAACCGUGGGCAGCCGCACCUCGGCCUUUGUGCCGGCGGUGCAGCAGCUCAAGGGCUCGGGGGCGGCCGGCCGGGCCAAGGCAGCGGCCGCCAAGGAAGCGGAGGAGGGCGGGCCCGCUGCAAAGCGGAAACGGACCGCCAAGAAGAAGGCCACCGCGGAGGAGGAGGAGGAGGACGGCGACGGCAGGGAGACCAGCGCGGAUUGUAGAGACUCGGACGAGGGUGGCGAUGACGUUGAUGAUGUUGACGAGGAGGAAGAGGAGGACGACGACGAGGAGGAGGAGGAGGCGCCCACGGCCAAGCGCCGCAAAGCUCCUGCGGGCAAGGCUGCAGUGCCCACCACGGCCAGGGCUCCCCGCGGGAAGGCGGCCAGUGCCAAACCCUUGGCCGCCGCAGCCAAGCCGGUAAGGGGCAAGGCUGCAGCAGCGGCUGGGGCCGUGAGCGGCGGCAAGCCUGCUGCUGCCAAGCCAGCGCGGAUCGCGGGCGGGAGAGCGGCCAGGCCCGCAGCAAAGGAGGAGUCGGAGGAUGAGGCGGAGGCAGGUGGGGAGGCGGAUGGGGAGGCAGGUACGGUAGCGGAGGGCGGAGAUGCACAGGGCAAGAAGGGAAAAGCAUCCGCAAAGCCCAAGCAGGCGGGCAGCCAAAGGGCAACGCGUGCGAAGGCAGGCACGACUAUAGCGGCUGUGGAGUCGGGUGGACACGCAGCUGGCGGGCAGAAGGCGGCGCCGGCGGCGCCGGCACCGCGUAAGGGCAGGGCCAAGAAGUGAAUUCGCGUGCGGAUGUGUAUGUCAGAAACCCAAUGCUGUGGCUGAACCGAAUGCGAGGCGCGUGCGUGAGCGAGCGGUCUAGACCUGGAGCUGGGGCGAGCGGGAGCGUGCAUGGCAGCAGGCUCCAGACGAUGGACUGUUCUCCGGAUGUGCAAUCGAGUGUGAGUGGACGCUGAAGGCCUUCUCAAGUCACCGUAAUGUGUGUGCUGAGGGGUGUGGUCACGGGAGUGGCGCUUAUGGAAGUGCGAGUGCUGCGCUGUAUCGUGCUGUAGGAUUUGUGCGCAGGCGACAUUGGGCACACAUGGCCGUUUCAGGGGCCGAUGCUGAUAGCACGGGGCGUGCCGCAUGCAGUCAGCUGUCACCGCUACGCGCUGUGGUAGGACGAAGGUGGAUGAGGGCCCAAAGCACACGCAAGCGUGUGCCGCGACAACUGCGCAUGUCAG